AUGCGCGGAUCCACGGGGGGUGAUAUGGGUGAUAUAUCAUUUCCACUAUGCUUUGCUUUCCAGGUUAAUACUUUAACUGAGUUUACGAACAUUGAGUGUGAAUCAACAGACAAGGAUUUCAGCAAUUUCGAAUAUUGUCGUCUGAAAUCUGCGAACCGGACAUACAAAUACAUUUCUGUAAAAUUGAAUCUAUUUAAAGUUCCCGUAACCAAUGUAAAGAUAAACGUGGCCCUUUAUAAACGAUUAAAUGGCUAUAAGCCCUUUCUCUACAAUAUAACACUUGAUGCCUGCAGGUUUUACAAAAAUCAAAACUCCAAUCCAGUUGCUCUGUUUUUCUAUAAUUUCUUUAAGGAACAAUCCAAUAUGAACCACUCCUGCCCGUACAACCAUGACAUUGUUGUGGAUAAGAUUUCAACAGAGUUUGUAAACCACCGAAUGACUAAUGUUCUACCUUUUCCGGAGGGGAGGUACAUGCUAAAAAUGCAAUGGAUGGUCUAUGACAUUACACGGGUUGUGUUUAAAGUAUAUGUUACAUUUUCAUAAAAGUGUUUUUCUGUCUAAUUUCGCGUUGCGCUGAUAAAGUAAUUGUGGAUCUAAGGCUUAGAUUCUAAGGGUCGUUUUCUCGUCCGUUUGUUAAAUUUAA